GAUGAAGCUAGGGCUGAGCAGAGUGCUCGUGCCGUUCUACCCCAUGGCGGGGCGGCUCGGUAGAGACGAGGACGGUCGAAUCGAAAUCGAUUGCAACGCCGAGGGAGUUCUGUUCGUGGAGGCGGUUACGGAGGCGUGUGUUGAUGAUUUCGGAGACUUCGCACCGACUCUGGAGCUCCGGCAGCUCAUUCCGACCGUCGAUUAUUCCGGAGGGAUUUCGUCGUAUCCUCUGCUCGUCUUGCAGGUGACAUACUUCAAAUGCGGGGGUGUAUCACUUGGUGUAGGUAUGCAACACCACGUGGCAGACGGAGCUUCUGGUCUCCACUUUGUCAACACAUGGUCUGAUAUGACUCAUGGUCUUGAUCUCACGAUCCCACCAUUCAUUGACCGGACCCUCCACAUCUAGCGAGUUGAUGGAGGUCUGAUCUGAGAAGAAGAAGGGAGAGGUUGGGUUUCCCUGUUGUUGUUGUUGUUGUUGAGGGAAAACAGAGACAGAGCAUGGCUUGGUUUCACCCUCUGUUUCUAAAAUUCCAGCGGGCAGCGAAGGCAAGGUUGCCGGCCGGCUGCCCGCCGGUGAGAAAACAAAAUACAGGCCUAAAUCUUAUGGCUCUGAUACCAUGCAAAAAUGUAUGUAUUAUUGAUUG